AUGGGGUUGAGUAGUCAAUCCGAACGUACCCUAAAAGACGAUAAAAAGGCACCUGACAAGAAAGAUGCUACAGAAUACCCAACAGACACAAGUUCGUUCCCUCUUCCGGCCCAGGGCGACGAAGCAACGCACAUCGAUGGUUUGACUGCACUGCAAGAUGGUUUCAGGUCCGCCAGAAACUGGAGUGCACAACUCUACAAGAAGGUCCUGGCAUCCAGUGAAACAACGGCGCGUGCAGUAGCUGAAAAAGUCAAGUUAGAAGAAGUUGGUGCCAAUGUUCGGCAACUCAUUAAUCAGGUUCCACUUAUACGUGAGUUCCAACGGUCCCAAGCAGAAUUCGAAGCUGCGCGUACUUCGGAUGUUGGUGAUGUUCAAUCGGCCGUUCUUCCUUGGCAUCCGGACGUCUCUGGGCUGACCGAUGAAGCGAUGAUCGAAAAACUCAAAAUGCGCAUUCUCGCUCUGAGCAAGCAACCAAACACCUUUCUUCUCGCACCACCAGCAGAGGCUCAGAUUGCUGAUUCGUUUUCGGCAGAUAACGUACAACUGGCUAAGGCUCUACUACGAGAGGAUCCUAAUUUGGAAAGCAUGCGCUACAAUUUAGUGCCGAAACGAAUCCGAGAGGAUUUGUUUUGGCGAAACUACUUCUAUCGUGUCUCGGUCGUUCGGCAGUCAUUCCAGCUUUCGGCAAUGUCAGGUUCUGCUGUUGAUGACGCUCCCGAUUUUGUUUGCAUUGAAGAGAGUUCAGUCUGGAAUGAACCGGAAUUAGGAAACCAGGAAUCCACCGACAGUGCUCCGAACUUUUCAACUGAAUCCAACAAAUCAACGCCAGAGAAAGGUAAAAAGGAAGCUUCAGGAAUGACACGCCAAAAAUGCCCCAAGAAACGGAAGUCUAAAGCCUCGCCAGCGACAGAACCGAACGUGAAAGUGCCUCCAACUUCGGUGACUUCAACAGAAAUGACGGAAGAGGAGAUCUUAGAAGCUGAAUUGGCUCGAGAGGUUGACGAAAUGGUACUCAUCUCGUCGAAACCUGGGGAACCGGACGAACUGGAUCGGGAGCUGGAAAUGGAACUUUUAGCUGAAUUGGGCCAGGAGAAUUCUUCAUGAUUUCUAUUAACCCAAAUUGGUCUUCAUUAUCUUGUUAUUUCUUUUUACCUACAUACCGUAUUACUGUGUGUCUUCUUCAUUAAGCCCACCGAACAAACUACCUAAGACUCGAAGAUGUGAUAUGUUGUGCGUUAACUUUCCCGUCUCCAUCACCAUCAGUUGUUUGAUCGAAAGUUAAUAUAACGUUGUGCUACUCAUUACAACUCAAGUAGCGGAAUUGUA